AUGAGGAUGGUACGCACGCCGAAACCUGACCACUACGAUGGGAAUAUGCUGGUGGCGCCUCACUUUGAAUGCACGCCCGAGCUGACGGCCGUCGGGAGGAUGUACACGAAAUACGGCGUGGGACAACAGAAAGAACACUGGGUCCCUCUGGCGCAAAGUGUCAGACAGCAGGUCAACGCGAUAUACUCCGACUACAAUCUUACGGAUUGCAGCUACCACGGGCUUUACAUUGCUGGGUCGGAAAGAGACGUGCAGUACCUCGAUCGAGACCGGAUGAUGAUCUUGGUCAUCGAGCUGGACGGGCGCGAGCUCCGUCGCUGGGACGAAAUUGAUGCGGAUAUGAGGAGUAUUCUGGAUCGGCAUGAGCUCAGCGGACACGCUGGCGUGUGCGUCCGAUAUUACAAGCGCUGGAAUCCACCGCCUCGCCAAGCACCGCCUCGCCAACGAGGUGAUGCCAUACCGAUCAAUAAUAAUGCUCAACCAACGACGCCUCCUGGGCUGACGAGGAUUCCCGCCGACGGUAUGUAUACCGGUUUCAGACUGCCUCUAGAUCCCGGUCCCGCCUCGCUGCAAGAGGACUCUGGUGCAUUCCUGAGGAGCCAACCUCCGAACAAUGCUCAAAGCUAUAGCCUCGGCAUCAAUUCUGCGAAUGCAUCCCAGAUGCCCCGUCCUGCGAUAGACCCGCCGCAGUUCACGCCCGCUCCGCGAUACUCAAGACCUAAUCGAUCCGCUUUGACCGCAGGAAUGCUCGGCUGGCCGCAGAGUGCCUCUAGCAGACUUGUCUCGAGCGCACAACACAUUGAGAAUGUACUGGAUAGGCCCGGUGACGCUGAUGAGGGUAAUACAGAGGAGAGGAGCAGUGAGAUUGCGCAGCCGUUGCCUGCGAUCGAUACUGAAGGAUGGGGACCGCUUAUGUAG